AUGAAUUAGUUUGAGUAUAUGAAACUUUUGUAGAAAAACCUAUAGAUAAAUAACAAUCCCAUAAAUGCGUUUAAUUAGAAUUAGUUGUUAUGCUAAUUGGGAAUGGUGGGUCAGAAGAAAAACAAUACAUUACAAAAUCCCAUUACUGUUGAAGAUGAUGACCCCCCUUAGAUUUAGAAGUGUCAGAAUUCCAAAUGCAACAACAAAGGAGAUCGCAAGACCAAGUCGAAGAAGGGAGAGACACUCCAAUUCUGUGAGAAAUGUGUGAGAUUAUACAAUCGUGGAAAUUUUUGUGAUUUUUGUGAAUAGGUUUAUUCGAAUGGGUCGUACGACCAAGAUGAAUAGGAAUGGAUACAAUGUGAUGAAUGCUAGAAAUGGAAUCAUCUAAAUUGCGAAGCUAAAUGUAGGAAUUAGAAUAUAAAAGAAGAGACUGAGAAUAAAGUUUACUAUUGUUUAAAUUGUUCUAAAAUUAAAAACCAAUAACAAUAACAAUAAUAGAUUCAGUAAUAAAAGAAAUAGGAGAAGACGAUAGAAGAAUAUCAGCCAAAACAAAGAACUGUAAUGGAAUUUGAGGAUGCUAGAAUUAGAGAGAAGAAUAUCAAUUUUGUAGCCACCAAAGAUAAUAAAGUUUAAUUUACAUUUCGUUUGAACUUAUAUGAUGAUGAAAUUAAGUCAGAUCUCGAUUUUCUGAGGAAUUCUGGUAAGAAGAACAUUAAGAAAUAGAAUUAAUAGGAUUCUCCAAUCAUAAAAUAAAUCUUAAUCCCACAAUAAUAAUAAUAACAAUAAUAACAAUAAUAAUAAUAAUAACAAUAAUAAUAAUAAUAAUAACAAUAGCAACAAUAAUAAUAAUUAUAAUAAUAAUAAUAAUAACAAUAACAAGCAUAAUUUAUAUAGGAAGAGAAAAAUUCUGAAGAAUAAAUGAAUGGUCGAAGAAGAACUAGAAAUAACAAAAAUAGAGUCAAUUAUAGGAACUUAGGAGGUGAAUGA